AUGGCAUCUUCUAUGGCUUUGAGGAAGUUGGCCUCUGGCUCUUCGUUUUCGCGAUUUGCCAGGAGCCAGCUUAGGAACUUCUCAUCUACCCGACCGGCAGCCCGCAUUAUCACAAAUGGACCUUUGAGAGCAAAGGAAGCUUCCCCCUUUGUUAGCUCCAAGUACCCCGUCAUUGAUCAUGAAUACGACGCACUUGUUACCGCCUGUAUUUCUAAGCUCUUCCCCACACGAAGUCACACGGUUGCUGCUCAGGGCGGUAUCAACGCUGCCCUGGGAAACAUGCACGAAGAUGACUGGAGAUGGCACAUGUACGACACUGUCAAGGGCUCCGACUGGCUGGGUGACCAGGAUGCCAUCCACUACAUGACCCGUGAGGCCCCUGCUUCCAUUAUCGAGCUGGAGCACUACGGCUGCCCUUUCUCCCGAACUGAGGAUGGCAAGAUCUACCAGCGAGCUUUUGGCGGUCAAUCGCAGAAGUUUGGCAAGGGUGGUCAGGCCUACCGAUGCUGUGCCGCCGCUGACCGAACUGGUCACGCUCUUCUGCACACUCUCUACGGCCAGUCUCUCCGAUACAACGCCAACUACUUCAUCGAGUACUUCGCCAUCGACCUGAUUAUGCAAGAUGGUGAAUGCCGUGGUGUCCUCGCCUACAACCAGGAAGACGGCACUCUGCACCGAUUCCUAGCCAACAACACCGUCUUGGCAACCGGUGGUUACGGACGUGCUUACUUUAGCUGCACAUCUGCCCACACCUGUACCGGUGACGGUAUGGCCAUGGUGGCCCGAGCUGGUCUGCCCAACCAGGAUCUUGAGUUCGUUCAGUUCCACCCCACUGGUAUCUAUGGCGCUGGUUGCCUGAUCACUGAGGGUGCUCGUGGUGAGGGCGGUUAUCUCUUGAACAGCGAGGGUGAGCGCUUCAUGGAGCGAUAUGCCCCCACCGCCAAGGAUCUCGCCUCUCGAGACGUUGUCUCUCGAUCAAUGACAAUGGAGAUCCGCGAGGGUCGUGGUGUUGGUGCUGAGAAGGAUCACAUCUUCCUGCAACUCAGCCACCUGCCUGCGGAAAUUCUCGCUGAGCGACUUCCUGGUAUUUCUGAGACUGCCGGCAUUUUCGCUGGUGUCGAUGUCACCAAGCAGCCCAUCCCCGUCCUGCCUACUGUCCACUACAACAUGGGUGGUAUCCCUACCCGAUACACUGGUGAGGUUCUCACUAUUGAUGAGAACGGCCAGGACAAGGUCGUCCCUGGCCUGUUCGCUUGCGGUGAGGCUGCUUCAGUGUCUGUCCACGGUGCUAACCGACUGGGCGCCAACUCCCUUUUGGAUCUGGUCGUCUUUGGUCGUGCCGUUGCCCACACCAUCCGUGACAACUUCACCCCUGGCGCCAACCUGAAGCCUCUCGCUGCCGAUGCUGGUUCUGACCACAUUGAGGUCCUUGACAAGAUCCGAACAUCUGACGGCCCCAAGAGCACUGCUGAGAUCCGUCUGGCCAUGCAGAAGACCAUGCAGACCGAGGUCAGCGUUUUCCGAACUCAGGAGAGCUUGGACGAGGGUGUCCGCAGGAUGAACGAGGUUGAUUCAACCUUUGCGGAUGUUGGCAUCAAGGACCGCAGCAUGAUCUGGAACUCAGAUCUCGUCGAGACCCUUGAGCUGAGAAACUUGUUGACUUGCGCUGUUCAAACCGCCACCGCCGCUGCUGCCCGAAAGGAGUCUCGUGGCGCUCACGCCCGUGAGGACUACCCCGACCGUGAUGACGAGAACUGGAUGAAGCACACUCUCAGCUUCCAGAAGCAGCCUCACGGCAAGGUAGACCUGACAUACCGCAAGGUCAUUUCCACCACUCUGGACGAGAACGAGUGCAAGCCUGUACCUCCCUUCAAGCGUGUCUAUUAA